GUGCAAGGGACUUCGCGGCGCACGGAUUCCGUAAAAGAGGCGCCACUCCGGCCUCAGAAGUGGUGGAAGGUCAGCCUUCUCGUGGCGAACCGUGCUGCCAGGUGUGUCCUGGUGUCUGCGGUGCCCCUUGUUGGCUGCUUUCUCGCGCUGCCAAAGAUGCAGCUGCUGUCAAGGAGUGCACCACUCUGCCUGAAAACAGCUUGGAGGCCAGGGGAGGAGUGGUGGCGCCCAUGUGGACGAGGACCUGAUCCCAAUGCCACGUCUGGUGAGACCGCCGCCUUUCUGCUGGCUGCCUGGGUGUCGGUACAGUUUCUGUGGAACUUUGUUGCCUCCUGCUUCUGUGCUCCAGGCUCCCCACAGCCGCCCUGGCCGGAGGCCGGCCGCUACCCCGUCACUUGGGAAGGGCCGCAGCUGUACUAUUUGCCCCGCUGGUGCGAUAGCUGCCAGCAGUGGAAGCCUCCCAGGGCUCAUCAUAGCAAGCGGCUGGGGCAGUGCGUCCUCCGCAUGGAUCAUUAUUGUGUGAUCACUGAGAACAUCAUCGGACAAAGGAAUCACGGAUAUUUCGUAUUGAUGGUCAUCUUCGGCAACGUGGGCCUUUUGUACGCUCUGAUCUUUGUUGCGAAGACCGUGCACCUGGCGUGGCAACCCUACUGGGCUCUCUACGGCAAGUUUGCCACUUAUGCGCGGCAGCGAGGGAGCUACUACCAGUGGCUGCUCAUGGGCGGCCACCUUCACGUGCUGAAGGCGCUCCUGGGCUACGAGGUGCCGCUGCUCCUGGUCCUGACGGUGUUUUCCCUGAUCCUGCUUGGCCCCCUGCUUCGGCACGUCGGCCUGGCGCUGCGGGGCACUACCGUUCUCGAGGAUAUGGGCCAUGGUGACGCCAUAGAUCUGCCCGGGACGAAGGUGUUACCCCUCAGACCUGGCGAUUUCCGACAGCCUUUCUGGGUGACCCUUCAGACGCUGCUUGGAUCCAGGUGGGCCUGGCGGCUGCUGCAGCCCGGCCAGAGACGGAGCUGA